CAUUGACACCGUGGUGUCCAUUGCAAUGGUUCCCGUGGGAAAGAGUCGAGGUGACGUGUAACCUUAUUUUCCAGUAUUCCGGUAGUGGUUUUGCAAAAUGAUGCCCUUUAAACGCGACAAAAAGGAAGAAGAAGAUGGCGGAGGAAACCCUUUUCAGAAUCUGGAGAAGACGACCGUCCUCCAGGAAGCUCGUACUUUCAACGACACUCCGGUAAAUCCGAGAAAAUGCGCGCACAUCCUCACAAAGAUACUGUAUCUGCUGAACCAAGGGGAGCAGUUGGGCACUACGGAAGCUACGGAAGCAUUUUUUGCCAUGACCAAGUUGUUCCAAUCGCGGGACGUUGUUCUGAGAAGACUGGUCUAUUUAGGCAUCAAAGAGCUGAGCUCUUUGGCGGAGGAUGUCAUUAUCGUAACCUCGAGUCUGACCAAGGAUAUGACCGGAAAGGAAGACUUGUACAGAGCUGCUGCCAUAAGGGCUUUGUGCACCAUCACGGAUGGCGGAAUGCUAACAGCUAUAGAACGUUACAUGAAGCAAGCCAUCGUAGACCGUUCUCCUGCUGUUUCCAGCGCUGCUUUAGUUUCCUCUCUCCAUUUGACCAGCGUCUCCGCGGACGUUACGCGCAGAUGGGCAAACGAAGCUCAAGAGGCGUUAUAUUCCGCCAACGUGAUGGUGCAGUAUCACGCUCUGGGCGUCUUGUAUCAAGCACGCAAGUCGGACAAACACGCAGUAAUUAAGUUAGUCGCGAAGCUCAUGAGAACCAGCCCAAAGAGUCCAUACGCGGCGUGCAUGCUGAUCAGAAUGGCGUGUAAAUUAUUGGAAGAGGUAGAAGAGGGCGAGGAGCUGCUAGGGUUCAUCGAGUCGUGCUUGCGUCAAAAAUCCGAGAUGGUCGUGUACGAGGCGGCUCACGCUCUGGUAAAUCUUGGAAGAAGCGGCGCUAGGGAAAUAGGCCUUGCUAUCAGCGUUCUUCAACUGUUCUGCGGCUCCCCUAAACCAGCUUUGAGAUUCGCCGCUGUCAGGACUUUGAACAAAGUAGCUAUGACCCAUCCGGCGGCAGUCACCGCCUGCAAUUUAGAUUUGGAGAACUUGAUCACCGACUCGAACAGAUCGAUCGCCACGUUGGCGAUCACCACUCUCUUGAAAACUGGCGCGGAAAGUUCGGUGGAUCGAUUGAUGAAGCAAAUCGCCACUUUCGUCUCCGAAAUUUCCGACGAAUUUAAAGUGGUGGUUGUGCAGGCUAUAAGAGCCUUGUGUCAAAAGUUCCCGCGUAAACACGCGGUAUUGAUGAACUUCCUGUCCGCGAUGCUGAGGGACGAGGGAGGACUCGAGUACAAGGCAGCGAUCGCUGACACGAUAAUCGCCGUUAUGGAAGGAAACGCGGAGGCCAAGGAGGCAGGUCUCGCACAUCUGUGCGAGUUCAUCGAGGAUUGCGAACACAUUUCCCUAGCUGUACGUAUCCUCCAUCUGCUCGGUCAGGAAGGACCAACGUCCAAGCAGCCGUCCAGAUAUAUUCGGUUCAUCUACAAUCGCGUGAUCCUGGAGAGCGCCAGCGUGCGUGCAGCAGCCGUCACCGCUUUGGCGCGUUUCGCCGCCGCCUGUCCGCCAUUGCUCCCGAACGUGUUGGUCCUCCUGUCUCGUUGUCAGUUGGACUCCGACGACGAGGUCCGCGAUCGCGCCGCUUACUAUUGCACCAUUCUGCAACAACAAAACGACCCCAUCGUGUUACCCUUGAUACAACCUCCUCUCCUCUCGGUACCAAGCUUGGAGAGAGCUUUGAGAAAUUACAUGAGAACACCGAUGGAGGAACCGUUUGAUAUUUCUCAGAUACCGUCGGCACAGACCACCGAGGAGCCAGCGCAGGUCGAAGUUCACACCACCGUAAAACAACAACAACCCCGUUUGACGCGUGAGGAAAGCUUCGUGGAGAAAUUGUCGCAAGUACCGCGCCUGGCCGCCAUUAUUCGCGACUCGACGCUGCUCAAAUCGUCGCCAGUGUUCGAGCUGACGGAAUCGGAAACGGAAUACAACGUGAAGUGCAUCAAGCACACGUUCACCGAUCUUCUUGUUCUGCAGUUCGAUUGCAUAAACACUCUUUCCGAUCAGUUGCUCGAGGACGUAAUAGUGGCCGUCGAAACACCAGAGAACUAUACGAUGAUCUGCGAAGUUCCUUGUCCCCGUUUAUCGUGCAACGAACCUGGCACAACGUAUACAGUAUUAAAAUAUCCGGAAGACGUUCAUGCUAGCGUCGCCACUAUUCCUACAACCCUUCGAUUCAUGGCUCGCGACUGUGACCCCGCGACAGGCGUCCCAGAUGCCGAACAAGGAUACAACGAUGAAUACAUGCUGGAAGAUUUGGAAGUGACUCUAGCUGAUCAAGUCCGAGGAAUGGGUAACAGGGGGUUAGAUUUUGGUGCUGCCUGGGAAGCAGCCCUGGCGAAAGAAUACGCGAAACUCGAGGAGACGUUCGCUUUGGGGCCAUCGGUCACUACCUUGGAGGGGGCGAUCCAAAGUCUGACGGGUUUUCUGGGCUUGGAUGCCGUAGAACGGUCCAAUCGAGUACCAUCCGGCGCCACUGUGCAUAAUUUGUUAUUAAGCGGCGUUUUCAGAGGCGGUAAAGACGUUCUUGCUCGUGCAAGACUAGCGUUGUUCGGUAAUCAGGUAACGAUGCAACUGUCUGUCUUGUGUCAAGAUCCAGAUAUAGCCGAGUUAAUAGUUUCGUCCGUGGGAUAAAUUUCAUUAGGUAAACUAUAGGCAUAUGUACGUGUAUCGAAAAUCUACACUGGAAAUUCCGUAUUUUUAGUAUUAAAAGAAUAACGUUGCGAGAAAACGAUCGUGAUUAAUGGGGUUCUUUUCUCAAACUCUAUUUCUAUGUAACUCUUU